AUGGACACGCCUGCAGCUGAAAAGCUUCCACAGAUUAUUGACAAAGUUGAUUUCGACUAUGAUGCAGUCAACUGGCUCAGAUCAAAUAAAGACGAACCAAAAACUGCUGCUGAGGCACGCAGAACACUGCGCGAGAUCCUCCGAGAGCAAAGUGAUGCUUGUCGUCGAAAUGAACUAGCCCUAGGAAGGCCUGAAUUCAACAUCCUGUAUGGUCGACCAGGUGCGGACAGUCAAGGGACAGAGGCAUUUGAUUGGUUCCCUCCCAGAAAAUGGCCAAUCGAUGCUGUUCAUCUGAUUGUCUAUAUUCACGGAGGAUACUGGAGGGCCAUAGACUUACCCGAAUGCACCAAUUUCGCCACACCAAUCACUCAGUCAGGCGGGAUCUUUGUUGCAGUGGGCUAUCGUCUGGCUCCUUGGCAAACGAUCCAUGAAAUGCCAAGCCGAUUGUGUAUAGCGCUGACCCACAUUAUCGAUUAUACGGAGAAACGUAUAGAACAGGAAACCCAUUCACGAUUGCCGGUUAAGCUUCAUUUGAUGGGUCACUCCGCUGGAGCUCAUCUUGCUUUGGAAACGGUGAUGGCCGGACUCCAGGCUCGGCGGGAAGUCAACGACCGUUGGAUCAAGGCCCUGGGCACUAUGGUUCUUAUUGCAGGGAUUUAUGACGUCAGACCAAUGGUGCACACGUCCAUUAAUACAGCUCUCCGGCUACGGUCGGCAGACGAGGCGUGGGCAUGCAGUCCGUUGCGGUUAUUCACAGACUUUCCAAAGGACCACUUCAGACAAAUAUCGCACAUUGACGUGCUGUUUGCAUGGGCAGAAUAUGACCCACCCGCCUUAAUACAACAAUCACAAGACAUGUCAAAACUAUACGCAGAAUACUCAAAGACCUACGGUGCACAGCUACACAUUGGGAGGGUGGAGACGUACUGCGCCAAGUACGAGGAUCAUUUCACCACUAUAACGAACCUUAACAAUGGAACAUCGAGCAGUGCUUUACUCAAAAAGAUACUGGAAUUUAUUGGACUUCUA